CAUCCAGGAGCUUCGGCUAGCGGGCGCUGGAGGAGCCGUCACGGCUAUAAAUACGCAGAACUCCUUCGCAGCCCAAGGCAGACGCGUCGCCCGCGAACCUUUGCUCCGCCUCCUCGUGAACAAAACAAUCGCCACCACCUUCCAUCGCGACCUUAUUUCGCUCGCAGUAUCAGCAGUAGACAAGGCUGCUGCGGCUGCUGCUGCGGCUGAUGAUGAUGAUGAUGACUCAGCAGCAACUGUUGCUGCUGCUGAUGGUUGUUAGCAGUGCCGGCAUCAUCACGGGCACUUCUGCAACACUUUUGCUCGAAAAUGCGUUCGGCAAAAGUGCCGCCGCCGACGACAAAUUGGACUCCCCCGUCCGACCUCACGCUCAAAACGGGAGCGCCAAUUAUUCCAAUUUUUUCGCGGCCCCAUCGUGGAGAUUCCUUGAGGCGUCGGGUUCAGCCGGGAGUCUGAUGAGCGGCGGCGGCGGCUCUGAUGGGGAGCCCGGAGCGGACGCGACCCUACGCAGGGUCAGGAGGGGGUUCAUCUUUCCCGGCACCAUGUGGUGCGGUGCGGGCAAUAACGCCAACAGUUACGACGACCUGGGUGAACUUGCCGAUACCGACCGCUGCUGCCGUGAUCAUGACCACUGCCCGCACCUGAUAGGCGCCUUUGAGUACAAGUACAGCUAUCGCAACUACCGCUGGCACACCAUCCUGCACUGCGACUGCGACACCAGUUUUAAACGAUGUCUCCGCGACUGCAACAACACAGCAUCCAGGAACGUGGGCCAGGCUUACUUCAACAUCAUAGGCAUGCCGUGUUUCACCUUUCAGUACGAGCAGAGGUGCACAGAGAGAAUGUGGUGGGGGAAGUGCUUGAAGUAUGAGGAGCUACCUGUGGCAUACGUGCAAAAUCAGAAACAUUUUGACUAUGAAGGAAUUGAGGUCAGCGGUGAGGUUGAGAACAACGUUGACCCCACGGAUGGUGACACAGCGCCAAUGAGUGCCCAGCCACUGGAGGUUACAACCACGACCGAACAUAACCACCAGUUGCCCGCUAGGACCGGCACGAGUUCACCUCCCAAAACCACGGAGCCAGAGAUUCUUCAGCCCAGUGUCACGAUUAAAGGCGGCGCACGCAAGAACAAGCAGAGGCACGGGAAAAAUAACCAAAAGCAUGGCAGAAAAUCCAUGAGAGGUUUUGGCAACCGUGAUGAAAACUUUGUUCAUUGGGAAACAAAUGAGGUGCGGGUGAAUUCUACCCUUCGGCAGUACACCGGGUCUAAGCGGCGAGGAGGCGGCAAACGCAGAGGCCAGCAGAAGAAACAUCUUGGCAGGAAGAGGGGCAUCGGGAAACAUUUAAAGUUCGAGCCGUCGAUUAUUAAGGGCUUGAGCGGAAGAGGCCAAUACGGUGCUGUUAAUGCCGGAGAAGUGUCUUUGCAUGCAGAUGUAUUUGAAAAAAUGUCAAACAGUAUUUCUUUACCGACGGUUCAACCAAAACGCUUAAAUAGGUUGCGUACAAGGGGCAGAAGGAAUGGCAGAAGGAAGGCAGUUCUAAAAAUGGAUCGCUGCUAAAACGUAUGCUUGGGUUAGCUCUGCGUUUUCGGGUUGUGCUGCGUGUUGUUCGCCAUGAGGUCCGACGUUUGCUUCACGUGCUGGGAGUGGAACUGAACAGAUUCCCGUAGCACAAAUCAAAAACAGUUGGACAACACGCGGUCUACAACCUGCACCUGCGGCAGUAGUUUUAUUGCUUGGGUUACUUGUUGCGAUAGAAAGCAAUCACGACGCUAAAAUACAUUGAGCUCAAUGUAUCUUUGUUGCUGCCAGUUUCACGCCGUUUUGAUGUAUUUCUAUAUUUACUUUGUGGUGCCUUCCUGGCAAAGAUCUGUGCUACCCAAGACGACGUUCCAUUGAACGCAGCAGCAGCAACAAAAAC